AUGUGGUUCAUUUUAAGUAUUAUAUUUUUCUUCCAAGUUCCAGUAACUCAAGCUGAGACCAAAUUAAAAUCGGAAAACCUGACUCUAAAUUGCGAUGAGAAUUUUCAUAUUUGUAAUUCUUAUGAAAAACUAGCGAAUAGAACACGAAGAGAUAAAAAUACAUUUAUGAUAAGAGGAAUAAAAAUAGCAAAAGAACGAUCUACAAAUGACGUCAGAACGUUUGUGCAUCAUUUUGCUGAAAUUCUGGCGAAACAAUCGAGUUUGGAAAAUUCGGAUUGGAAGGAAAAUGCGGAUUUGUUGUAUAGUUAUUUGGAAAAUGAAAAUAUGGUUUGUGAAUUAUGUGAGAAAGUGGUUUCAAUGCCUGUUAUUAGUUAUUUGCAUGUUCAGAGAAGACAAAUGAAGAAGAAGGACCCAAAGGUGGGAAUCAUUUGAAAAGAAUUUCUAAGAGUUGAACUUAUUUAAUUGAAGCAUCGGGUAUAUACUUAAUUAGGUCAUGAAAGUUUACAGAAAAGUCAAGAAAACAAUCACACAUUUCCAGAAAAUCGAAUUCACUAUUAUGGACUUCCAGCCAACUGCCAAUUUCCGAGUGACUUUCAAUCAAACAAAUAUCAUGAACUACAUUUCAACAGAAAUAUACAACAUUUCUGCGGUUCAAGAAAAUGGAAACUGGGUAAUCAAAAAGUUUAACAUCAAUGGAUCAUGUAUUCAUUCAAGAACCAUUAAAAAAAAGCUGAUAUUCCAAGCAAUCGCUGCAAAAUCUGAAAAACCAAAAACCAAUAAAACGUCUGAAGAAUUUAUGAACGAGAUCACCAAAUUGAUCCCAUUUUCUUUCAACUUCGAUAAAAAUCGAGGGAUUUUUGAUCAGAAAUUUGAGGCAAUCAUCGAUUCAAAUCUGGAGUUCGAAAAUGCUUCUGAUUAUAAAUAUAAUUUGGAAGAUUUUCAAAAAUAUAUGCAAGAUUUCUCUCAAAGAUUCAGAAGGCGAAGAGAUAUUCGAGAAAAUGUGGGAGGAAAUGCUGAAACUCAAAUCAUUCUAAAACAGACGGAUCAUCUAGUUUUCCGAACAAAUGUGAUUUUUGAAUAUCGUCAUAUUCCAGUUCUCUCUUCGCAUUUCAUGGAUUUGUGGGAAUUUACAAUUGAAAUUAAUUUGAAAAAUGAGAAAGAUUGGAAAGUUUCAAGAGUUUUUGUGAGACCUCCGAUGAGGAAUUUUUUGAAUAUUUAUAACAUGCAAAGUCGACAACUUUUUGAAUUGAUGAACAAUAUGGAAAAGAAAAUUGAGCAGAAUUUGGGAGAGAUGCGCAAAAACAAUCAGAUCGAGAAAGUUGAGCAAACUCCAGAAUGCAACAACAAAACUGUGACUACAAGUGUUGAUGGAUACAGUAAGUUAAUUUUUCAUAAGUUCCAAAAUUUUAAUUUUGGAUGCACCAAUCUUAAGGCUACCGUAAUCUUUGCGAGCUACUGUAAUCCUUAGGUCUCCUUGCAGUUUUGUUAGAGUAUACCGUGUAGUCUAAGGUUUUUUGCGCUACAGUACCCCUUGUAGUUCGAGCUUCUCAAACAUCAGUUCUAUGUACAGUAAUCUUUUUCAGAUUUCAUGCCUCUCCUAAAAACCCUAAAAGCAUCCGAAAAACAUUGGCAAGUUUACAAUGUUAAACAUCUUCUCGAAGUUGCGCCAAAUCCAAAAUUCCGAAUUCGUUAUUAUUUUGAGGGAAGUUCGGGUGGGGAACUGCAUUUCAUUGACACGAUUUUCUAUGCAGUUUAUGUGAGUUUCCAAAAACAGAAAGUUGGAGGAUUUUUUUUUUGAAAAUUUAGUUUUUCAGCAGCCAAAGUCUGAUACGUAUUAUGUCAAUGAAUUCGAAAUAUUGUGUCCACAGAAAUAUGCAUUUUAA